GAAGACGGGGUACGUCAUUCUGGACGCGAUCGUCGUGGUGAAAGCAUCCUCCUCAGCCAAACCCAUACUCAUUUUCGUUGAAAAAGCUUCUCUACAAACUCUCACAUAUUUUGUGAUUUCAAAUUUUAGAUUUUUCCCACGAAGGCUUCUUUAAAACUACGACGACUUCACCUGCACGAAAUCAAGUACAGCUUUGUCUCGAGUUGUGGAAGGAGUUGGUUUUCAUUGUUCAGCACUUUGACUUACACGUCUAAUCUCACUCAGGAGAUACAUCGGAUCAAGUGGUGACUUGUUGCUGCUUUCUCCCUCUCACUUCGCCCCAUCGCCUUCCUUCCGUUCAUCUCCCUUCUCAAGCCACGAGAGAGUCCACAAUACACAGGAAAAUGUCGAAGACAGUGCAAUACGUAUUAGUCUGCUGGUUGUUGACGCUGGCAGUGGUUGCAUGCUCAACAGCAACUCGGACGGGUUACCCCAGGUCAAACAGGGGGUUCAAAAGCCAAGGACUGUCCACAGCACGAGGUUUCGGGAAACGGGACCCAGGACUCAGUCUGGGUCAAGGCGUUUUCGCGGGCCUCCAACAACCAGGUCAGCAGCAACAAGCCAACGUGGAAGGUCUCCUGUCCCCAAACUUUGACCUCACGCGAGCCAGUUACCCCAACAGCUGGUUGAUAGAAGAGUUGCAGAACAAUCCAGAAGCAGCCAAACUGAUUGUGGACAAAGUGAUUGAUGAGAAUGGUGACGGGGAACUAACGCCGGACGAACUAUUUCGGCGAAUCUAUUUCUAGACACCCCUUGAAAACUUGGUCGUGAAUGAAUUACGAUGUCAUUGCUUGUAUGCCGCCCUCUCAUCUAUCGUAGACGCGUAUAUGCACCAGCAUAUCGUACGUUACUAAUUAGCACUGUGCAUGCAGUAUACAUAUUACAAAAUUACUUUAAAUAAAUCCUAGGAAUAUGCAUACAUACAAAUAUUCUUGGUCACACCACAUCAUUGGUGGCCAUCUAUGUAAACUAAAUACUUAUAAAUCCCGUAUUCUCAACAUUAGAAUAAAUCUUACGCUUCAAGUACGUAGAGAUUUUAGUGGAGAUGUAUUAAGUAGAAUUGUACCAAGGUCAUAUCUCACUUUCCCCACCGUGAAGUUUUAUGUGAACUGAAUAACAAGUAAGUAUUCUUUACGACAGCUUCCUCCACAGCAAAAUGUAUGUCACACAGUUUCAAUUUUCUCCUCUGUCAGAUUCUUAUCUGAUCUUUAUCUCCAAUGCUGCAACUUUCUCAACUACAAGUUCUUAAAUCGUAAAUUCUGUAGAGAUCAGAGGUAUCAGUAGUUAAUUCUGCUGAGGCUGGAUCUUCGACUCGGCAGAUUUGCGAAAUGUUUUAAUAAAUCACGUCCUCUUCUUCCUCAGUCCUUCCCUAUAUUUUUAAACCACGCACUUGUGUGUAGUUAAUUACAAAUGUAAGACUUAAUGAGUAAAUAAUGAGGAUUGAUGUAUUAACAGUAACGAGUAAGUAUAAAAAGCAGAAAAGAACGUCUCAGUUUCCCCACAUUUACAGUUUGGGUGAAUCUAUGUAUCACGCAAAUUACCGACGUUAAUGACACUGAACUUAUAAAAUCCAUCUGCUGCUAUUACAAUAUAUCUCGUAGCCCAGUCGUCACUUUAUCACCUUUAGAAAUAGUGAUCCCUAGAGAGUAAUGAACACCUUUUAAGCAUCGGUUAUGGAUUUUCUGUGGAAUCUCAUCAGUCUCAAUUUGCCUCAAUCUCUCAACCUCAAUUGCUUCUUAUUUCAAAGGAUAUCGUGCAUCAACCCAACAAACGCCGUUCUAAAAAAAGAUUGGUUAUACAAAAAUUGUUAAUAAAUUUGGGGAUAAUUCAGCAUAAAAUAAACUGAUGUCUCCUUUCUCUACAUCGA